AUCAGGACUGCACUAAGAGAAAAUAAACGCCGGUAGAUGGCGGUAAUGAACUUGAACGCUGGUUGCCAACCGAAGAAGAAAAAAAACGAAGAAGAAGAAGAAACAGGACGCGUUUUGCCCGAUGGUGAUGACGUCAUCCUCGUAGAUUCGGCACAAAGCUCGGUUUGGCUAAUGCUAGUUAGCGAGCUAAGAGAUUCGUUAGCUCAUUAGCUGUCAUCUGUACUUCUUGAAAGACCCCCGAGCAGUACAAAUACAAUGGAAAGCGAACCGUCUGAUAUUGAUCCUGCACCAGGAUUGGAAAGCAGUAUUAUGGAUGGGGAGAAUGCACCGCUGUACUGUAUUUGCAGGAAACCGCACAUCAACUGCUUCAUGAUUGGCUGUGAUAACUGCAAUGAGUGGUUCCAUGGAAACUGCAUUAAUAUCACAGAGAAGAUGGCCAAGGCAAUUCGAGAAUGGUACUGCAUGAGAUGCAGAGACAAAAACCCAUUGCUGGAAAUAAAGUAUAGAAAAGAAAAGAAAUACAGAGAGAAGGAACCAGACUCUGAUAGAACUGAAAGACAGUACAGCACUUCAAGUACUCCAGACUACAAGAGUGAACGGCGGCGUGGCUCAAAGGUGAAGCGUUCUGUGCGAAUGUGUGGUGAAUGUGAGCCCUGCAGAAGGACUGAGGACUGUGCGCAGUGUGACUUCUGCAAAGACAUGAAAAAGUUCGGAGGGCCCAAUAAAAUAAGGCAGAAGUGUAGAUUUAGACAAUGUGAAGUCCGAGCAAGGAAAAUGCUACGUGUAAAAGAAGAGGAACAGUACUUGCGAGAAAGAAGAGAGAACUCCCACCACCGACGAAGGCGUUACUCUGAUGACUAUGACAGCGAGGCAGAUCUCUACCUGCAGUACAAAGCGGCAGGGCUUAACAGUAGCAUGGGGUGGGCAACUGAUGAAGACGAAGAUGAGCCGCCUUUCAGUCCUGUCUUCCGAAAGAAAGCUGUGAAAGUAAAACAUGUUAAGAGACGAGAGAAGAAGUUUGACAAGAAAAAAGAGUCCCGGCGCCACAAGCAGAAGCAGAAACACAAGGACAGAAACCGACACAGUGAGAAGAGUGACAUGCGGGAUCAUGGUGGGCGCCAUCAGUGUCUCGGGCCCAACUGCGUUGAGGCUGCAAGAACAAACUCAAAAUACUGCUCAGAGGGAUGUGGCAUGAAGUUAGCUGCCAAUCGAAUCUAUGAGAUACUCCCUCAGCGGAUCCAGCAGUGGCAGCAGAGUCCCUGCAUUGCCGAGGAGCACGGUAAGAAGCAACUGGAGCGCAUUCGCAGGGAUCAGCAAAACGCCCGCUUGCGCCUCACUGAAAUGGAGCGUCGCUUCCACGAACUGGAGGGCAUCAUUGCCAAGGCCAAGCAGCAGGCAGUGCAGCAGGAUGAGGAGGUGAAUGAAGGGGAUGGAGAUGACACAGACCUUCAGAUUUUUUGUGUGUCCUGCAGUCAUCCUGUCAAUCCAAAAGUUGCAUUAAGACAUAUGGAGAGGUGCUAUGCAAAGUAUGAGAGUCAGACCUCCUUUGGUUCCAUGUAUCCUACAAGAAUUGAAGGAGCAACCAGACUCUUCUGCGAUGUGUACAAUCCCCAAAGCAGAACUUACUGCAAGAGACUUCAGGUUUUGUGUCCAGAACAUUCCAGGGAUCCUAAGAUUCCUGUCGAUGAGGUGUGCGGGUGUCCUAUGGUGAAAAAUGUCUUCGAGUUGACUGGAGAAUAUUGCAGGGUCUCAAAACGGAAAUGUAACAAACAUUACAACUGGGAGAAGCUCAGGAGGGCUGAAGUGGACCUGGAGCGAGUCAGAGUGUGGUACAAGUUGGAUGAGCUCUUUGAACAAGAACGCAAUGUUAGGACUGCUAUGACCAACAGGGCUGGUCUGCUUGCGUUGAUGUUGCACCAAACCAUUCAGCAUGAUCCUCUGACCACAGAUCUUCGUGGUAACAAGGAUAGGUAGUUGGAAAUACUCUGCUUCUGUUGGCUGGUCACUUUUAUCAUCAGAUGUGUUUUUAUGGUUUAACCAUAAAAAAAAGUUUGAAAUGAAAAUAGAUGAUUCUAUCUGAAUAAUUAUUUUUACUUGGUUGGAUGGUGAUUAACUUAGUGGUAAAUUGAUAUAUUUUCUCAACUAGAUAAGUUAGUGCUGUUUUUGAUAUAAACACUCUAAAUAAACUCUUA